ACGCUGUUGUGUUACUCGUUCGUUUGUCUAAUAAUUUUAAGUUAAAUGUUACUUUUAUCUUAGUCGAAUUAAAUAAAUAAGAUAAUUAACCUAUAAAGAAUAAUAAUGAGUGAAAAACUGAAAGAGCUUCGUGAACGGUCACAAAAAAGAAAGAAGUUGCUAGCACAGACUCUUGGUGUAUCCAGUGUUAGUGAGUUGCGGCACGCGCUAGGGACGUCUAUAGAUGUGCCAGCCAAGAAACAAGCAGUGUUGGAGACAAGUAAUGAAGGAAAUGAGAAGCCUACAACUAAGGAACAACAUGACGAACUGGUUUACACAGAUUCUUCUACAUUCUUGAAGGGUACACAGUCUUCAAACCCCCACAAUGACUAUUGCCAGCACUUUGUGGACACCGGCCAAAGGCCUCAGAACUUCAUCCGUGACGUUGGGCUCGCAGACCGGUUUGAGGAGUACCCCAAGUUACGAGAACUCAUCAAGCUGAAGGAUGAUCUGAUAGCACAAACUGCUACACCACCUAUGUAUUUGAAAUGCGACUUGAAGACGUUUGACCUGAAACAGAUAGGCAACAAGUUUGACGUGAUCCUGGUGGAGCCUCCGCUGGGCUCGGGCUGGCGCUGGCAGGAUAUUUUGGCGCUUGACUUACAGCAAAUUGCGCAAGCCAGAUCAUUUAUCUUUCUGUGGUGUGGAAGCUCAGAAGGUUUGGACAUGGGCAGAGAAUGCCUGAAAAAAUGGGGAUUUCGACGAUGUGAAGACAUCUGCUGGAUAAAAACUAAUAUCAAGAACCCUGGCCACUCCAAGAACCUUGAACAUAAUGCAGUGUUCCAGAGAACUAAGGAGCACUGCCUUAUGGGCAUAAAGGGAACAGUUCGGAGGUCUUCAGACGGAGACUUCAUACAUGCUAAUGUGGACAUCGAUCUUAUAAUCUCAGAGGAUCCCGAGUUUGGAAGUACAGAGAAGCCAAUUGAGAUAUUCCACAUUAUGGAGCACUUUUGUUUAGGCAGAAGAAGAAUACAUCUCUUCGGCCGCGACUCCACCAUCCGACCUGGAUGGGUGACCAUCGGCCACGAGCUAACAAACUCCAACUUCAAAGCUGAACUGUACGCUUCAUACUUUACGGAGGGUCGGGAGAGCACCGGGUGUACUGAACGGAUAGAAGCGCUCAGGCCUAAGAGUCCCCCUAACACUAACAAGGGGGCGAGGCCUAGGGGAAGAGGGGGAUUCAGAGGCAGAGGAAGGGGCAGGGGAGCAAUAUAGCCUAUGUUACAGGCCUAGUUUUAGUGCAGAGAUAGAAACAAUUUUAUAUCACUAUGUUAAUAAGAAA